AUGCCAGUCGCGUCAUUUGAUUCCCCUACCACCAGAACUAGGAGCAGAACCUUGGUUGGAACGGAUAAAGGCGAAUCCAGCGCAGAAGCUAGCGAUGCAUACGAGUCCAGCGAUGAUGAGGCUCCAGAAGAGGAGAACCUGGGAACAUCAAAAGAGGCGGUAACAAGGCAGGAAAACGAGAAAAGAAGGUUACAGGAGGAGAAACAAAGAAUAGAGAGACAGAAAAGAAGAGAGGCACAGCAAAAGUUUGAGAAACAGCAACUGGAGAAAAGGACCAGAUCAGAGGCCAAAGGCCAUAAGUACGAAGAUCUACCCGAUAUCUUGCCAGAUGAUGUUCUGGCUGCAGUUUCUGAAACUGAGGACAAAUCCGAGCCAUUUUCUGCAAGAUCGCACGUUCGUUACGACGAUUUGGACAAGGAGACUCUUAAAGAGGUAUCCAAGCAGAUGAAGGUACAGAAGCUGAGGAUGGCGAGGAAAGCGACCAAGAGCUCAGAGAAGAAAGGACCUGUUACCGUGAAGGUGCUCGAGAAGAUACGAAAGAUCUCCAAUUCUACGACGGUAUUGACGGUUCCAAAGGCGGAGUCGAGGGUGGUGAGUAGUAAGGAUAGGUGGUUGAAAAGAAAGUCGUUAGGAAAGAGAUGA